CCGCGGCGCUCGGGCUGGGGCUGGGCGCACUCCCUCCGCGGCCGCCGAGCCGAGCGGACGCCCCUCGGGGCCGCGCCGCAGCCCUCCGCGCCCCCCCUAUCAUGCCCCGGGCCCGGGCCGGGGCCGCCGGAGCAGCCAGAACACCAUGCCCGAGGGCGGCUGUGGCGAUGGUGGGGAGGUGCCUGAGCUCAUCCCUGACGGCGAGCCGCUGCGGGAGGAGCAGCGGCCCCUGAAGCAGUCCUUGGGAAGCUCCCUGUGCCGAGAGUCGCACUGGAAGUGCCUGCUCCUCACACUGCUCAUCCAUGCUUGCGGGGCUGUAGUGGCUUGGUGUCGCCUGGCCACUGUGCCACGUCUGGUCCUGGGGCCUGAGGCAGCCUUGGCACGUGGGGCAGGGGGUCCGCCACCCACCUACCCGGCCAGCCCCUGCUCGGAUGGCUACCUGUACAUCCCACUGGCCUUUGUCUCCCUCCUCUACCUCCUCUACCUGGCUGAGUGCUGGCACUGUCACGUGCGGUCAUGCCAGGCACCUCGCACGGACGCCAACACCGUGCUUGCUCUGAUCCACCGGCUGCAGCAGGCACCACCCUGUGUCUGGUGGAAGGCCACCAGCUACCACUAUGUGCGGCGCACACGCCAGAUCACCCGCUACCGCAACGGCGACGCCUACACCACCACGCAGGUCUACCACGAGAGGGCCGACAGUCGCACUGCGCGCGGUGAGUUUGACUACUCGGCCCACGGUGUCCGCGACGUCUCCAAGGAGCUGGUGGGCCUGGCCGACCACGCGGCCACGCGGCUGCGCUUCACCAAGUGCUUCAGCUUCGGCAGCGCCGAGGCCGAGGCCUCGUACCUCACGCAGCGCGCGCGCUUCUUCAGCGCCAACGAGGGCCUGGACGACUACCUGGAGGCCCGCGAGGGCAUGCACCUGAAGGACGUGGACUUCCGCGAGUCCCUCAUGGUCUUCGCUGACCCCCGCAGCCCGCCCUGGUACGCGCGCGCCUGGGUCUUCUGGCUGGUGUCGGCGGCCACGCUGUCCUGGCCGCUGCGCGUGGUGGCAGCCUAUGGCACGGCCCACGUGCACUACCAGGUGGAGAAGCUGUUUGGCGCCAGCUCGCCCCCUCCAGGGGCCAUGCCCAGCGGGCCGCCUCUCUCCCGUGUGGCCACGGUGGACUUCACCGAGCUCGAGUGGCACAUCUGCUCCAACCGACAGCUGGUGCCCAGCUACUCAGAGGCUGUGGUCAUGGGCGCCGGCUCCGGCGCCUACCUGCGCGGCUGUCAGCGCUGCCGCCGCUCUGUCAGCAGCAACUCGCUGCCCCCUGCGCGGCCCAGUGGGCCCCGCCUGCCCUUCAGCCGCAGUCGUCUUUCCCUGGGCGCAGGAGGCCGGGCCACGCCAGGGGUCUUCCGGAGCCUGAGCGGGGGGCCACUGGGGCGCCGUGGAGAGGACACGGAGCCCCUGGAAAGCCCACCGUGCUACGAGGAUGCCCUUUACUUCCCAGUGCUCAUUGUCCACGGGGACAGUGGCUGCCGGGGGGAUGGGCAGGGUGCACUCUGAGAGUCCCAGAGCCACACCCCUCCUCACCAUGGGCACAGAAACCUGAGUAAUUGUCCAAAACACGAGGGAGAACAGACCAGCCACACAGGAGGGGUGGGAUGGGGUGGGGUGGGGGUUCCCUAAACUACAGCAGUGACCUGUAUCAUUCAGGGGAAAUGGACGCCACCUAUGUUGAGUCUAUAUUCAUCCCCAGCAUGGUUUCCCCCACUACCACCUUCCACUCCCUGAAAUGGCAGAUGAUCAGGCUUGGGGGUUCCUUGCACAUUGGGCAGGGAAGGAAGUUUCCAGAAAGGCUGGAAUGGAAUGGGGAGCAGUCCUGGAGACAGCAGUAGCCUACAACAAAGGGGGGCCGGCUGGCUCCUUCCUGCCCUGGCUGAGGCCACGCUGGGAGCCCUCCAGCAACACAGAAGCACAAAGUGGUAGUUUGGGGCUAUGCCCAGCUGGGUUGGCCUCCCCAAAGACGAAGAGCUGGAGGUGGCAGCACCGUGGCCUUGGCCCCACUGCCCACCCAAAUUCACACCACCUUCACAUGCUAGAUCUCUCCCUGCCUGCCCUGUCACCUCCGCUCAGGGGCAGUUCCUGAUCCGACCCUGCAGUGCAGCCUCCUCUGGGAGCCGGUUCUGGGAGCACACCCUCGCCCACCACACCCUGCUCUUCUCCCUAGUGUCCACACACCCUUCUCCCACCCAGACCCCUCCCCUGUGACCCGGGGCUCCACUCCUGCCUCCUGAAGUUCAUGAUUGCCUCUGUUGGCCAUGCCCACACCCCUCCUGUCAUCUCUCCCCAGGCUUCUCUCUUCACCUUCCUGAUGAUCCACGGGACACAUGGGGAUACGGGGCAUCCGAGGGGCCCUGGCCCUGGCCACUGCCUCUUGGACGAUGCCCUUGCCUUGCCCUUCGUGGCCCUGCUUUUCCCACAGUGGAGCCUGACCCAGGGGACACCGUCCCUCCCCCAGGGAGGAGAGAGUAGUCCCUUCCCUUCCAACUGGGGCUUCCACCCCCUCUCAGGGGCUGGUGGGGGAGGGAGGAGGCAGAGAAGGUGCAGAUUAAAUAAAGAUAUGAAAUGGAAGGGCUUCUGUGCAUUCCUGAGUGGUGGGUUCAAGGUCACCACUGCAAACAUGAUGGGUCAUCCACCCUGGGUCAGGGUGUGAUGUCGGGUUCUGGGAGGGGAUCAAGAUUUCGACUGCAGCAUUCUCAGGGGCAGGAUGAAAGGGACCCACACUGCCCAGCCCUGAGGAUUUGGAGACUUGGUCAUUUCUUGUUUGUUUGUAGUGCUGGGGCUGGAACCCAGGGCCCAUGCUGCUGGGCUCCUGCCCCAGCCCUGAGGCUCAGCUUUGAGUUACCCUGAGCAGAUGACUCCAUACUGCCUUGGGGUCUGGAUUCCCCCCACCCCUUGUCCCUCCUGCUACUGGGGCACUCUGCCACUGAGAUGCACCCUCAGCCCUUAAUUUUUUUAUUUUAGGAUAAGGUCCAGACUGGCCUCGAACUUGUGACCUUCCUGCUUCAGCCUCCCAACUCACUGUAGUACAAAUGACCACUGUUGACCCAGCACCUGGAUCAUUUCUAAGGCACUGUCCAAGGUGGCCCCUCCUCCAGCUCAAUGGAAGAUUCCAUUCUGCUGUUGGGCAUGCUGAGGACAACAGGAAGAGCCGUGACCUGUGUCUCUAGUUCAGUUCCCCUGGUGGCUCCUGAAGUUAUUACCAGUCUUGGGGAUGGGCGCUGAACAGGUUGGAGGACACCACGCUUGAAUCCAUCAGCCCAAAUUGGGGCGGGCCAGCAUUCGAUCCAAAAAAAGAGAAUAAGGGGCAAGGGAAGGGCCUCACUGCCUGAGCAAGCUCAGAAAGGAGCUGGAAAUGGCAUCUUCACAUGUACGGCUCUUUGGGGUGUUUCCUGGGCAAGGCCACUGGGCUAAGGGGCAGGCGUGAAGAAUCCACCCAAACCAGCAUGGCGCUGUCCCUCCUUGAAGAACAGCCGCCCUCUUCUAAUUUAUAUAAAGGCCCACAAGGGCUGGAAGUGGCCCCAGAAGGGCACUGAGAAAGGGUGGGAUCUCCCCAAGCAGAGGCAGGGCAGAAGGUGUUCUGGGCCAGGCCAGUGCCUGAACAGUCCUGGGAAAGGGCACAAAGCAGCGUGCGCUGAGAAAGUAGUAGAGAGCCUUGGAAGAGUUGGCUGUGGAUUCCCUACCAAACCCCAGAAUUUGUCUUCAAAGUGGGACAAACUAGUGGAAGGUAGUUGGGAAAGGGAAGUGAUAAGGUCAGGGCUGCAUGUUCAUGUUUGGGUGUUUAGCCAAAGUCCAGCUGCCUGAUGGCCCCGUGAGAGGACGGAGUUAGAAAUCCGAGCCUGCCCUGUGCCCGCCCACUCCCUCACUGUGGGCGUGAAACCACCUCUUUGUUCAGAAGUAACUUAGGUAGUGUCCAAACACUCAAGAAGGCUGGGUUGGGAGCCAAGUGCAGUGGUGCACCUCCAUAAUCCCAGCCAUUUGGGAGGUUGGGGAAGGAGAUGGCAAGUGUGAGGCCAGCCUGGGUAACUUAGCAAGACCCUGCCUCAAAAUAAAAAGGGCUGGGGAUGAAGCUCAAUGGCAAAGUGCCCUUGGGUUCAAUUCCCACUAUCAAUUAAUCAAUCAACAAAAUAUUUUUUUAAAGGUGCAGAGGGCAGGGAAGCAGAUGUGCUGGCUCAGCUCCUUCCUGCAGGGAAGGUCUCCCUCUUCCAUCAUUUUGCUCUAACCCCAUAAUACUGACUGCUUUUUGGCCACUGUCUAUUCUCCUCCCAUCCUCAGCAAUAGAACCCCAGAUUUACUUAAGAUGGUGUGACUGUGUGACUUAAAUCUAGGAUAUGAGAUAAAAACAGACAGUGUUGGAAGGGAUUGCCAACAAUGCUCCUUGAAUUAGAGACAGUAUUGGUGAAGACUAUUUUUGUCCUCUCUCCAUCUUGCAUGAAGUCUGGAAUGCAUAUAUGAUAGCUGGAACUCCAGCAACUGUCUUGGAUCAGAAGGUAACCUUGAAAAUUGUAGCCAUGUGCUGAGAAUAGCAGAACAAGAAGAUAAAAGAUCCUGGUUUCUGAUGACACCACGGGAGCUUCCAUAUUUUAUCUGGGUUGCCUAUUUCAAGAUGCCAUCGAGAAAGAGAAGUCAAAUUUUUGUUUGCUUAAGUCACAGUUGUUUUUUGUCUAUAAUUACCAGCAGACUUUAUUAAUUAUCUGUGCUGCAUAACAAAUUAUCCUAAAUAUAGUGAC